AUGAGCCGAGCACAGAAGCUCAUUAUCAUUAUCGGAAAUCUCCAAAUCUGGGAUGAGGGUGUCGCUAGGUGGAUUUCCAAGACCGGCACAGCUUCUUUCCUCUCCAAUAUCCUGUUCGACUGUGUGAAAAAGGGCCAUGUCCUCACCUGGAGAGGUAAACCAACUGUCGAAAAACCGGGGGCAGAUGUUGCCAUUAUUUUAAGGAGAUGGAUGAAGAUGCUGAAGGAACUGAACCUUCCCUACCGUCUCAAGAUGUGGAAUAUUGAUGGUGAACAUUAUUCACGUGUCAAAGAUGAGAUCCAUACCAAAGACGGUCCCCUCUGA